GUCACGUGACAUAACCGGGAAGUGUUCGCAGGAGGGAACAGACGAGGACACAUCAACAUGGUGUCUCUUAUCUGCACCUUACAAAGUCACCGGGACGAUGUAAACUGCGUCGCUUUCUCCGGCGAUCUUUUGGCGACCUGUUCCGCGGACAAGAGCAUCUGUGUUUACUCCAGCCGAGACUUCAGCGAGCUGCCCUUCUCCCCGCUGUCCGGACAUGGCUACGGCGUCCACUGCUGCUGCUUCAGCGCCUGCGGGCAGUACCUGGCCUCCUGCUCCACCGAUGCCACGACUAUGGUAUGGUCGAUGGACACCGGGGAGAUCGAGGCCGUCCUGGAGCAUCCGGGCCGCAGUCCGGUGCGGGUGUGCGCCUUCUCCCCGGACUCCUCUCACCUGGUGUCCGGAGGCUCUGACGGCUCCAUCGCGCUGUGGGAUUUUACCUCCAGGACGCUGCGCAGGACCGGUGCGGUGACUGACACCAGUAUAGUGGCCUGCUCUUUCACUCCCUGCGGACAGAUGUUCAUCACUGGCUCCACAUACGGUGACCUGCGUCUGUGGGAUCUAAACAUGAAUCACCUUCAUGCGGAGAAGAACGCCCAUGACCUUGGGGUCUCCUGUGCUGAGUUUGCUCCAAAGAUGAUGAAGGGCACAGAUGGCUGUGUUCAGUUUCGACUGGCCUCAUGUGGACAGGACAGUCUGCUGAAGAUAUGGAUUGUUUCUCUUUUGCCUUCUGCAGGCAUUAAGAUGCAACUCGCUCGCACUCUAACAGGACAGUCUGCUCCAGUUCUGUCCUGUGCUUACUCUCCUGAUGGACAGAUGCUGGUGUCAGGAUCAGUGGAUAAGACCGUCACCGUAUAUCAAGCUGAUGAAGGCAUCCUACUUUACACACUCCACCAGCAUGACAGGUAUGUGACUGCGUGUGCAUUUUCCCCCACGGCCCCUCUCAUCGCCACAGGCUCCAUGGACAAAAGCGUCAAUAUCUGGAGGAUGGAGGAGGGCAGCAGUGCACAGGGCAAAUCUCUUCCUGAUGAAAAAGCUGGAUUUUCAAACACCGAAGGCAGGAAGACUUGCGGUCACUCCAGACUGAUGGUGAGCGAAUGGUCUGAGGAGGAGGUGUUGGCAUGGUUACGAGAGGAGGGGCUGGAGGCUGUGACUGACGCAUUUAAAUCCAAUAACAUCGAUGGAGAGGAGCUGCUCUCUCUCAGCAAGGAGACACUCAGCUCUGACUUGCACAUUGAGUCUCUGGGCCUGCGGAGUAAAGUCAUGAAGAAGAUUGAGGAGUUGAAGAUGGUGCCCGUCUCUAACGGCACCCCUGACGAAUUCCUCUGUCCAAUCACACGCGAGAUCAUGAAGGACCCUGUGAUUGCUGCCGACGGUUACUCGUAUGAACGGGAGGCCAUUGAGGGCUGGAUCAACACAAAGAACCGCACAAGUCCAAUGACAAACCUGCCCCUGCAGACCACCCUUCUGACCCCCAACCGCACGCUCAAAAUGGCCAUAUUCAGAUGGAGCACUUCUCAGUGACUUCGGUAACGUUGAUCUGUCAGGUUAGUACGACUAAAAACCCUGACAAGACUUCACUCCAGAACUGGAUCGUCUCGGGACACUAUAUGUGAGAUCAAUUCAUACAUUAGCAUGCUGUAGAUUUAGCACUUAAACAAAACAGGCUACAGAUUUAGCGUCGGCCUCCAACAGCGACGUGACCAGAGUCCUGUCACGUAUACAUUCAUCAUCAUACCAUCAUCAGCAGUGUCGAGUGGCCUUAAACAUCUUAAUAAAUGUUUAUAUCCCCUCUCUGCUCAGUAGCGGACGGUUCGUUGGCGUAUUUAUGUGCUACGCAAACACUAUAAUUAUGAUUCUGCUGCAGCUGUCCUCCAUCUCCCUUCAUGAGUCACGGGUCUGAAUGAAGGUGAAAUCCAUUCAGUCUUAUUGCAUUUAACCAUUAUUGAACUGUUAAUCAUUUAAAGGGUUUACAUAAGGGUAAAGGUAUACAUUUAAAUAUAUAUCAAGCAGAUGCUUACAGUGACCAGUUAGAUGGCUUUACUAAAGAACUGUAUGUAUAUUACUGUACAUAAGGGCACGGUUAGAGACCGGUCCGAUAAACAUAUAUAGCAAUAAAAUAUAUCUAUUAUACA